CCACGUCAGAAGUGCCACGCCAGUCACAGUUCCACGUCAGCAUGACGGGUCCAGCAAUGGGCCUGCCAGGCCAACUGGCCAAUGAGUCCAUUGCCGACUACAAACAACGCUUCCACGCUCAACUCGCUUUCAUCAAGGCUGAGGAACAACGCCAGCUGGCAGACGAGGCUGCCCGCCUACAGGCUGAAGCAACGGCAACAGCAGAGAACCUGCGGCUACAGGCCGAAGCAGACGCAGAUGCCCAGGCUCGCCGGAAGGAAGCCCAGGAUCUGCUGCAGCGGCGUGAAGCCAACAGCAUCGAGAGACUCAAGUUCUGGCACUUUGAACCGAACGGCGACGACGCAACACCGGAAGAGCAGCAUAAGGAGUUUCUCUCCAAACUUGUGACAUGGUUGUUGUAUGCUUGCAACUACCAACAGUCCGAGUUAGAGAGACAGAACCAGGAACUGCAGCAACAGUACCAGGAUCUGAAGACACAGCACCAGGAGUUGUCGAACCUCCGCCGGAUAGUGCAGAGCCAUGAGGAUGCAACACGGACACUCGAUUCCUGUGUACUGGACCUGGAACAGGCUGUACCAGGACCAAAUGAUGGGGCUUCCAGCAGUGCACCCUCUAGCCGCCAACUGGAGGAACGCGUUGACCACGUAGUGGCAAUGCUGGGCGACAUCAGCACCUUCCAACUGCAGUCGACGAACUCGGAUGGGAAUCGAAAGCUGUACAAGAUGCCAACUUUCCAACUGGAGAAGUUCGACGACUACACACAUCAGGAUCCGGUCCUCUGGCGGGAAGCAUUCACGACGCAACUUCGGAUUUUGCCUGUCGCCAAGCACGCGUACAUCGGCGCCUUUUUCCUUAACUCAAAGGGUGAAUGCCAUACCUGGUUGACCCACCUGGCAUCCACCCACGGCGUCGACGUCGCGGAUCUGAAAGACAAGAUUACAUGGGAAGAGUUAACACCGCUGUGGAAGAAGCGGUUCAUCGUCGACGAUGCACCAGCACUCGCCAUCAACCGACUCUUCACCAUGUCUCAGGGCAACACAGCAGCACGUGACUGGCUCACGGAAUGGCAGAAGAUCGCUGUCGUGCCCGAUCUGGACUUACCAUUCACGCAUCUACGCCGUGAGUUCUACAACAGGUCAUGCGCUGCGCUGAGCCAGGCACUUGGUGAUCGCGAGCAGUAUACCACUUUCGCCAAGAUCAUUGACAAGGCGAGAGAGAUCAUCAAGACCAACAGGGCAGCUGCACACGAGAAGUCAACGUGGCAGCCGACCUAUGUGGAGAAGGUAAAGACCGUCCCGCAACCGCAGCACUUCGCUGCAGUCCAAUCGGACAGUGGAGAAGACCCAGCAGACAUUCCAGCAUCACGUGACGAAGAUCAGGUGGCUGCUGUCCAGCCGCGAAGCAACAACAAUUUCGCGGGAGGUGAGGCGACUCCACCUUCCACUCCGCCAGAUUCCGCCGCCUUGCUAACGGCCUCCUACACAUCUGGGGAGGAUGCGAAUGUCGUAAGUUCUCGAUACACUUACGAGGACUAUGCUGUCCGCUUGGUUGCACCGCUGGACCAACCGCUUCAUGUGCAACAAUCAACCGCAUGCACGGUUUCAUCACCAUCGGCAACCGAUUCGGCAGCUUCGCCGCCAUCUAUCGCUGGGGAUUCGACAUCAUGGUCAAGACUUGAAGAGCUCGACCCAUUAACGUUCGCGGACUUCCAAUGGAUGCCCGUUCCCUCGACUGGACGAUUGCCGAAACCGCAUUGCAACGUGCUUAUGGCACAACUGCGGGAUUACUUGCACACUGCAGUACCGACUUCGUUGAUGGACGCCGGAGUAGAGGUUGUCGACCUUCACGCCUACAUUGCGAAGAUCGACCGCGAGUUCAAGACGCAACGGUACGACGACAUCGACGCACCAUUGCUAUAUGUACGCAUUCAAAUCGGAGAGGCGACCUGCAACGCUUUGAUUGAUUGCGGAGCAUCUCGCAACUACAUGAGUCAGGACUUCAUGGUACGCGCCGACCUUGGCCCACGAGUCCGAAGGAAGUCCCAGCCCACGCAAGUCACGUUGGCGGACGGUCACACGCACAAGUCAAUCGACCGGUGCAUUGAUGACGUCCCAGUGUACUUCGCCCCUCACGCAAGUGAGGCGGUGUCCUUUGACAUUCUGGACACCAAAUUCGACAUGAUCUUGGGCAUGUCAUGGCUGCGAAGCGAGGACCACCCGGUGAACUUCUACCGCCGCACCGUUCACGUUCGUGAUCAGAACGGAGUACUAGUCCCAUGCACGGUAGCUCCUCCUCAUCCUUUAGUCAGUUGUCACGUGGUAUCCGCCGCAAGCAUGMAAGUUUCCAUCAUCAGAGACGACAUCGAGGAGAUGGGGGUAUGUUUUCUCCACGCCCUCCCGCCCCAUGACACUUCAUCGACGGACUCAUCUUCGGAUCCACGCAUCACCGAACUUCUCGACGCCUACAACGACGUGUUCGAAGGCCCGYACGAAGUAGUACCGGAUCGGCCCAUCCGCCACGAGAUCAUCCUCAAGGACGGGGCCGUACCUCCGCGCGGUUGCAUCUACGGAAUGAGCGAGAAAGAGUUAAGUGUGCUUCGGGCACAACUCGACGACCUUCUGGAGAAAGGCUGGAUUCGGCCUAGCUCAUCGCCAUACGGUUCUCCUGUUCUCUUCGUCCGGAAGAAGAACAAGGAUUUGCGGUUGUGCAUCGAUUAUCGCAAGCUCAACGCGCAGACAAUCAGAAAUGCCGGCCCUCUCCCACGCAUCAACAAUCUUCUCGAGCGACAGGGCGGCGCCAAGUUCUUCUCCAAGCUGGACCUCAAGUCGGGAUAUCACCAACUCGAGAUUCGGAAGGAGGAUCGCUACAAGACCGCGUUCAAGACGCGAUAUGGGCAUUUCAAAUGGCUGGUUAUGCCAUUUGGCCUUACGAAUGCCCCGGCCACUUUCCAAGCGGCUAUGACAACGGAGUUUCGACACAUGCUGGAUCGAUACGUACUUAUCUACCUCGACGACAUCCUGGUGUACAGCCGGAGUUUGGAGGAGCAUGUGGAACACCUACCCACUGUUUUGGAGCGGCUACGAUAGGCCAAGUACAAAGCCAACCGCGACAAGUGCGAAUUCG